ACGCCUUAGGCCCGCCAGUCACAAGGUCCCGCUGUUACCCUCUUCUGCCCCACUUCUCUGGGCGUUCCUUCAGGAUCGCUGGAGCACACCGCUCCACAGUCUCUUCUCUACCGUCAUCACGGCGUAUUAAUGUCCUACCGUAGCGCUCCGCGGUCGCCAUGCAGAACAAUCACAAGGAGCACCUCUAUAAGAUCCUGGUAAUAGGGGACCUGGGGGUGGGCAAGACUAGCAUCAUCAAGCGCUAUGUCCACCAAAACUUCAGCCCAAACUACCGAGCCACAAUAGGAGUGGACUUCGCCCUGAAGGUCCUUAACUGGGACCAUGAAACCGUACGGCUACAGCUUUGGGACAUAGCAGGUCAGGAGCGGUUUGGGAACAUGACCCGGGUCUACUACCGUGAGGCCAUGGGGGCGUUCAUCGUGUUUGACAUGACGCGGCCGUCCUCCUUCGAGGCCGUCACCAACUGGAAGGAGGACCUGGACUCUAAACUCACGCUGGCCAAUGGGAAAAAUGUGGCCGCUGUGUUAUUGGCUAAUAAGUGUGACCAGGGGCAGGACGUGCUGACCAACAAUGGGAUCCAGAUGGAGAAAUUCUGUCAGGAGAACGGCUUUGUGGGAUGGUACGAGACCUCUGCCAAGGAGAAUAUUAAUAUAGAAGAAGCAGCUAACUGUCUGGUGAAGCACAUCAUCGCCAACGAGAACGAUUUUCUCCAAUCAGAAGUCCCUGACACCAUCUCCCCCCAAUUAAACUCUGGCAGGGGCAGGACCUGCUCCUCCUGUUUCAAAUCAUAGAAUACCUCCACCACUACACACUCCUCCACCAGGACCUCCACCACUACACACUCCUCCACCACUACACAUUCCUCCACCAGGACCUCCACCACUACACAC